AUGUCCAUAUCCAAGGCCGGACGUGCCCGGAAACAGCCGGGAAGCCUUGCGGAGGCAGAGCUCCUCUCACACCUGGCGGUGCUUCUGCGGCCAGAAGAGCCCAUCGAAGAGCUCUUCCGGGACUUCCCUGCGGUACGAAGCGAUGGAUGGGGCAGGAACACUUUGAGCCCAGAUCUGACAGUGUACGGCUCUUUGCAGGCCCAAGAAGCGGCCCUGUUCUUGGAGUACGACGGUCACUAUCGGCACCUGAUGCCUCCCGGCAUGGCUGCCGAUGCUCGUAAGAGCAAGGCACUCUUGGGCUUUGCCCCUGCUGGAUCGUACGUUUUGCGCAUAGCCCAUGCCCAUCGGGAAUGGGAGCCUUCAUGCGAGAUGGGGGAAGUUGUGGUAGACACCUGGCAGCCGAGCCGUGAAGCAUCCUUGGUGAAGGCACUUCGCCAAGUCGUUCUGUUCUUGUUGAGACAACGGGGAAAUGCUUUACAGCCUGCUCUUCAAGCAAAGUUGCAGACCUUUGUGGAGAAUCCUAUAGCCAGUGGGAUCUCCCGACAAGCAGCAGUUGAGUUUACCGAGAGAAUAACCGCGGAACGUGAGUGCGAGUUCGACCCUGCAUCUUUGCAUGAAUUUCUGCAGGCACAACUGAAUCUAUCGUAUUCGGAAGGGGAGGAACUCAUCAGAAAAUGCCCUGCUCUAGCACCUUGCAGCAUUGAGCAUCGACUCCUGCCCAGGAUGCAACAUCUGGAAGCUUGCGGCCUAACGAAAGCCGAUGUUGCUAAAAUGCUGGUUCGAUCUCCGACUGUUUUGGGACUGAGCAUCGAACAGAACUUGAAGGCCAAGGUCCAUUGGCUGCGAGAUUUGGGGCUGACGACAAGCGAGGUUGCCAAAGCGAUUGCUCGAUAUCCCUCAGUGCUUGGAUGCAGCAUCGAAGAGAACUUGAAGCCCACGGUUCAGUGGCUGCGAGAUUUGGGGUUGACGAAGACUCAAGUUGCCAAAGCGAUUGCUCGAUAUCCCUCAGUGCUUGGAUGCAGCAUCGAAGAGAACUUGAAGCCCACGGUACAAUGGUUGCGGGGUUUGGGGUUGACGAAAGCUGAGGUUGCCACAAUGAUUACUCGAUGUCCUUCAGCUUUGGGACUCAGCAUCGAAGAGAAUUUGAAGCCCACGGUCCAGUGGAUGCGAGAUGUAGGGUUGACAAAGGCUGAGGUUGCUAGAGCGAUUGUUCGACAUCCACAGCUUGCAGGUUACAGCAUCCGUGAAAACUUAAACCCCACGGUCCAGUGGUUGCGGGGUCUGGGGUUGACGAAAGCUGAGGUUGCUAAAGUGAUUACCCGAUACCCCUCAGCUUUGGGACUCAGCAUCGAAGAGAAUUUGAAGCCCACGGUCCAGUGGCUGCAAGAUUUGGGGCUGACGAAGACUCAAGUUGCCAAAGCGAUUGCUCGAUAUCCCUCAGUGCUGGCAUGCAGCAUCGAAGAUAACUUGAAGCUUACCGUCGAAUGGCUGCGAUAUUGGGGCCUGACGAAAGCUGAGGUUGCUAAAGUGAUUGAUCGAUCACCCUCAGUUUUGGGAUACAGCAUCGAAGCGAACUUGAAGCCCACCGUCCAAUGGUUUCGGGCUGUGGGGUUGACGCAAGCUCAGGUUGCCAAAGUUAUUGCUCGAUAUCCCUCAUUGUUGGGACUCAGCAUCGAAGAUAAUUUGAAGCCCACGGUGCAGUGGCUGCGAGAUUUGGGGAUGACGGAGACUCAAGUUGCCAAAGCGAUUGCUCGAUCUCCCUCAUUGCUGGGAUGCAGCAUCGAAGAGAACUUGAAGCCCACGGUCCAGUGUCUGCAAGGUUUGGAGCUGACGAAAGCGGACGUGGUCAAGUUGUUUUCUGGCUAUCCGCAGGUUUGGGGGUUCAGCAUCCAGAAGUUGAAGAUGAAGAUAUGCUGGCUCUUGGAGCAGUUCUCCGCUGAAUGGGUUCGCUGCCUUCUCGUUCGCAAUCCGUACAUUCUGGGCCGAAGGCAUCAACUCUGGGUUCAGCGUUCCCAGGUUCUCCGGGAAUGCGGCAAACUUUCAGUAUUUGGGUCUGCGGUUUUGCUGACCGAUGCCAAAUUUGCUGAUAGGUACAAGGAAAAAGUCAGCUUCGUGCCAGGGAGCUACCAUUCUCAUUGA